AUGCAAACGACCUGCUCUCACCUUCCCAGUUCCCCUAGGAUGCUCUCAGCUGGUAGGCUCCUGCUCAACAGGGUGCUUCCUGGUUCCACCAACGUCCGUUUUGGGUCUGUCUCCCCCCGCCCAGUCGCCGGGAAGACGACGGGCCCGUGGAGGUCCUCCCGCCGAUAUUCAGCAGGCUGGGGAGCCGUCAACCGUGCCGGCCGGCGCUCCGACGAUGAGCCGGCGGUCCCUCCGGAGGGGGACGAUCAUGGGGAAGCUCGCAAAGUAUGGACUCUCUACGAUCCUCUGCAGGGGAGUCUGGUGACGCGGGUGGGAGGGGAAGGCGCCGGCGAGGGCGCGAAGAAUCCGACUCCGAGGGUCAGGAAACCGGAAACGGAGGGUGGAAAGCGAGACAACAACUCGCGGGCUGCUUCCAGUUUGGGUUCGGCGUCGGCUUGGGCUCCCAUUACUGCCAGGAAGAAGUCGGGAAAGGCGAAGGUUUCGUGGGUCUGUGAGAGUUGUGGAGCAACACCGGGGCAGUGGUGGGGAACUUGCCCUUCAUGCCAGGCCGUGAACACAGUGAGGCAGUUCUCGGAGUACGAGAGCAGGGGGUCUGUUGGGUUCGAGGUGUCUGAAGCAGUUACUCGAUCAUGGCUGCCGCAGGGUCCGGGGGAUUUGGUCCCCCAGAGCCUGGAGGAGGUGAAGAAAGGGAUGAACCAGCUGGAAUGGCGCAUUCCUCUGUAAGUCCUCGUUCAUCACACUCUCAAUAUAAGAAGGGUUGGGCGGUCGAUUUUUUUAUCUGAUGAUGCAAUAUAUCUGUGCGCCCGCGUACCGACACUCUUUAAAAUAUCAGAAAAAAAAAUCCCAUAUUCGUUGCUAUUCGUAAAAAUGUCAGAAGCUGUGACAGGCUUUAGAGAUAAGAUGCCCGUCUAUAUUUCACAAUAAUUAUUUUCUUUUUUAUUUCUUUUGCUUUUCAGGAUCAAUAUGCUCUCUCUCUCUCUCUACCUAUCUAUCUAUAUGUCAGAAUCCUUGAACCACAAUGCAUGAUUGAUGUGAUCCUCGAAAGACAUGAAGUGUGUGUGCGUGUGUGAGUGAGUGAGAGAGAGUGAGUGAGAGGGAGAGAGAGAGAGUGAGUGAGAGGGAGAGAGAGAGAGAGGGAGAGAGAGAGAGAGAGAGAGAGAGAGAGAGAGAGAGAGAGAGAGAGAGAGAGAGAGAGAGAGAGAGAGAAUGUUUUUGUCGAAAAAACCAUCUUCUACAUUUCAUCCUCAUUGAAACAGACAAAAAUUAGUCGCGGAUCACCUAAAAAAUAUGAUAUGCUAAUAGAAAAAGCAAAAAAGAAAAGAUCUCCUAGGGAGAGUUAAAGACAACAAAAUCGCCUGAAAUGUAGGAUCUAGAACAUAUAAGCUGUCUGAAUUUCACUUGCUCGGGCUUUUUGGGCUGUACUUUUUGCUCAUUUCUCGUUUCCAGCGAUUCUUAGUACUCACCUUAUUCCCUGCAUACAAAAAGGUAUAGACAGAGGACUCUUCUAUGGUUACCAUAUGCAUUAACAUCUAGAUAGAACAAGCUUCUAAGUAGCUCUUUUUGGGCUAACUGAGAUUUAAGCACCUCACAUUUGGCAGAGCCAGUGAGUUUCUUCUAUCCCACAGUCAGAUUGAUCUUCAAUCUCUCUUUUCUGCGGUGCCAUUGAUCUGUGAUGCAUCAGUCGCCAUGCUAUUAGUUGUCAAUGCCCUAGGAUUUGACCAGCAUAAUGAUCUUUAGAUAGCAUAGAAUUGCAUAAGACCAAGGCUUAAGGAGUUCAAUUCAGGUGCUUCUGUUGGUACCAUAGUCAUAGCUUGUCCACUGUGAGGAUUCCCAUCUGAGUUUUUCUUUUUGACUUUCCUUGUCAGACUAACUUCAUCAUGUGUAACUGCUUUUUAAAGUAUAUGUACGUGCUAGGGGAGGUUUCCAGCACGCCAUGGUCCUAACUUGUCACAAUGAUCUUCUUCUGUGCUGAUGAGGGGCCCUCUGAAAAGGACUGAAACACCCAGUUGUCAAAGUAUUUAACCUUAAAUUCAAAGCGCUUAUUGUUCAAAUUCUUGCCAAAUGGUGGCAAAAUAUCUCAGAGAAUUCGUACCAGUGGUAUAUUCUUGGAAGGAUGCCUGAUUCUGAUCGUUAAGUAAAUAAUUAGAUUUAUUCCUUAAGAAUAUUCCCUGAGGACUUUAUUUGGCUGAGUUUGGUUAGGUUUAAGUUCCGGGAAACGGCUAUGACCAACAGUCCUGCACAGGGUUUUAGAUCAUAAACCAUUCCCAUGAGAAUGAGAUGACAAUAGUAAGGGGUUAUUGUGGGAAGACGGACUGUUAAAGGCUCUAAUAAAAUUUGGAGUUAAAAGAUAAAUUUGUCGUUGGUUCUAGGUAGACAUGAUUGGAUAGAACUGAUCAAUGUGAAACAUACAUGUGCUACGAAUGGCACACUGUAUCCAAGUAAGGAGAGGUAAUAUCACAAAAUUGGAUGCCUCUGGAAGGGCAAGGAGACCAAAGAAAAUGUGGAGUAAAACCAAGUUUGGUGUUUCAAAGGAUGUGCUUGUUUUAUUGAUUCGUGCAUAGUUUUUUAUGUUUAAAGGUCUCUAUUUGGUCUUCUAUAUUCUUCCUGGCAAUGAUGUAAUAUUUUAACAUUUUAAAGUUAUUUUCUCGAUAUCUUCUAUGAUAAAAAAAUCAUAUAUUUGGAGCCGAUUGCGUCCAGGAAUUAUGAUAUUUAUGCUAAACAGAGAAAACGUGUGAGAACUAACGUCAUCUCCCCUUUUGAAGUUGUUGUAAAUUUUACGCAAUCCCUUUCAUUUUCAAAAUCCUUUCAAAUGUGCUACUGAAGCUGAGUCAUGGCUUUAGGUUGACAAUGUCACUAUUCUUGCCCAAUUCGUUUUAGGAUCGUGAACCUCAUCAGAAUCCUAAUAUAUGAUAUCUAUCCAAAUUGACCCUAGUAAAAUGAUGUCUGUAAAUAGUGCUAAAGAGCUAUGACUUGACGGGGUAAAAUUCACGAUGCGUUAUGUUACAUGUUUCGCCUGUUAUAUAAAUGAAAAUCACAAAUCCUUAAAACAUGACAUGAGGAACUUAUAAUUACAAGUAUUGUUUCCUCUACUGUAUGGUCUUCAGGCAUACUUCCUUUUGUAAAAACUGUCAAUCAUGGAAUGCCACAGCACUCAUGCUCUUUCUGUUUUCUUUGGCAUCUUUAUUUUGAGGUACAUUUUAAUCUGUGUUUAACUGAUGGUUAUGGUAGUCGUACCUCAGAUUUCGUGGUUACCAAUUUUGGUUGAAUUUCUAGGCCUGGACACUUUGGAAUGGAGGUUGCAAGGGUUCUUGGUGGUGGUCUUGUGCCAGGUAUAUUUAUUCCUAUCAAAUAGUGUUUCUCGCGUGUGCAGUUGUGUGAAUAAUCCAUUUCAACUGGGCAUGUUUUCUUUGUAAUAAUGUUUUACUUGUUUCUUAGAUAUUUUGAGUCUGAAUUUAAUUGGUGUUUCUUUUUAGGUUUCUGCUUGGAAUAUGAGUUACGUAGAUGAAAUCUGCUUUUUGAGCAUCAAACUUAAAGAUAGAUAAGUGUAUAUCAAUAUGCUAGGCGUAGCCAUGGGGCUCAUCUUGCCUGAUUUGUUGUUGGCUGAUCAUUUUAGUCUUUAUAUUGGUUUUUUUAUUGGUUGUAUUCUUUGGACAUUUUAUUUGUGGACACUUUUCUAUUUGCUUAGGUUAAUAGAAUGUUGGACAUCGAAAGAUAUCUCAGACUCCAUUUCAUGUUCCCUGCCAAGAUUGGUAGUGCGGAGUUGAGUCUCGAAUUGGUCAAUCUCUUCAGAUUCAGUUUUUAUCUGGCAGCCAAAUUGUCUAAUUCAGCAGAAGAAACUCAAUAUGGUUAAAUAUAUAAGAAAAUAUAUUUGGACAACUUAGGGGUUGUGGGGACGACAAUACAUAUCUUACCGUAAGCUUAAAAAAGUAACACCUCUCCUCAAUCUGUUGAUGUUUAUUCACAUGGACCUAUUCUCCCCUGCAGUACCUCAUGGUAGCGAGUUGUGGCAAGGUUUCCUCUUUUCUGUUUGUUUUCUUUUUUCUUUUUUUGAAGUUUUUAUGUGCAACCGCUCAUCUUUUUCUUUCUCCACACCCCACAGGACUUUUUCUUCUUCUCGUUCUCAGUUUUUAUUUCUCUGACUGCAAAGUGAGAUGGCAAUUAGAGGCCUGACGAUUCAUGUGAUCAUCUGAUUUCUGGGAAAUCCCUUUUUUUCAAGUUAAAAAGAAGGAUUAUUUCUCCCCAUGGGUACACGAUCAGGUGCCCAUUAAGUUGAAAAAGUGCUUAUUCUGUGGAACAUGCUCCCUGAUCCCCUCAGAGUCACCAUACCUAACGGCACAUGGACACAAUAUACAGUGGUAUGCAAUAUCAGCUCAGUAGUUGAGGUCAUCUACUCCAGAUCUGGUCUGGUUUGAGGCCAACCCAGAUGGAUCGAGCCAAAAUCAAGUUUGUAACGUGAAAUGGAUGCAUCUUCAAUUUCGAAAGUCUAUAUAAUAAAUAGGAGCCUCUAGUAUACAUUUUAUAUAAAAGAACCCAUCUCCUUGUUUGUUUCUUGGGUGAGGACGAGAAGCAAAUCCUGGGGAAGGGAUCCAUGCCAAUCACUACUGAGGAGUUUCAAAAUAUGAAUACUCUUUUAUAUGACUAGUUCUCUCUUAUCGUAUUCUUUGAUCUUCCCUUCCAUCCUCGGACACAUCAUGUUUGCCAACAUGCAACAAAAAAGAUUUGCCUAGUAGAAAGCAUAACAAAAUGACGUCCGUGGACUUUCUAGUAGAGUCUCAUGGACCUUUAGCCAUAAGGAGGGAAACCAAAAGAGACAGAAUAAUAAUAGUGAGUUCUGUUUCAAACCAUAUAUGUGGGUUUAUCUGUCUAAAUAAUGGGCGUUAAAAAGAUUUUCAUGGCAAGUUAUUUCACAACUACAAAAGCAUAAUUAGGGUACAACGCAUGCGGAUCUAAAUGGUCGGGGCUAUGAAAAAUAGUGGUCAUGGUGGCAAUUGUGUCAGAAUUGAUGUUGCUUCAUCCUUUGUCUUGAGUACUACAUCUUAUAAACCGGCAAUUUCGAAAGAGGAUAUCCAUGACUUUCCAGAAGGUUAAGGUACUUUCUAUGUUGAUUAGGGAAAUCCUUCCCCUAAAUUGCAACACAACCCCCCUUCUUUUUCCCCCUUUCUUUUUCCUUAUCUUGCCAAUCAUGUCCUUUUUUCUUCUCCAUUCCUCCUGCUUGCAUUUCUUUAGUCUGAUAAUCGCCUCCUCCUAUCAUGUUAGACUGUACCUGUGCUGUCACCCCUUCCCCUGGUGAGUGUUACCAACUCUUUGCUAGCCCUAUUUACGUUUGGCUGUGUAAGCCCUGAUGCGAGCCCCCAUCCAUUUUCUUUUGUCCUAACCCAUUCUACCAUCAGCCCCUUCCAUAAGUGGCAACAUUUUCUGCGUCAGCUCUCUUGCCUCCUGCAUUCCGUUCACCAGCCCCUCUGGUUGUCUGUGAAAACCGUCAGAUAUAUAUAUGUGAAAACCGUCAGCCCCUCUGGUUGGGGUUUGGACUUCAUAGGCGUUUGGCUUGAGGCCUAUUUUUUGGACUUUUCUCUCAACUUAGGAUGGGUUUGGGCCUUUUAAAGUAGUCUUGGGGUGGGCUUGACAAGGUACGAUCCAGAUGGGCCAGCCAUUGACACUUCUAUGCAUGACUUCCAAGCAUAAGCACAUGACUAUAAUAGCAAUACCUAUUUUUUGGAUUUUGUAGGUUCCUUGGUUUUAUUUGGUGGUGAUCCUGGCGUUGGGAAGAGUACUUUAUUAUUGCAGGUAUACCUAAUAUUCAAAAUACUUUUGAUUCUCUUUCUGCAUUUUAGUGGAUGCUUAUCGAUAUAAUAGUGAAACCUUGUACCUGAUCUCGACUGUUUGUUAUGUUUUCUAUGAUCUCAAUUCAUGAACCCUCAUUUAUAACUACGCACUUUUUGGAACUGGAAUGUGAAGAUUGCUGGUAUUCUAGCCGAAGGACUUGGCUCAGAAGGCCCUGCUCGAGUUAUUUAUGUUUCUGGCGAGGAGGUCAGUUAUUGAUUGAGUUGGUAUGCUAUUUCUUGGUCUGAUGCGUUCAGGUAUUCUAUGAGAGUAUAGUUGUAAAGUUAAAGGCUUGUAUAUUCUUCAGAAUUUAUAACAUUUUUUUAUCGCUGGGAAUUAAAUAUUCUGGGAAUGAAGUAUGAAACUUGAAUGUGCUUCCUGUGCCUUUUCUGGCUCCAAUGCAUGCCACGUUUACUUGUGAUGUCUUUCUAAUGUAUCUCAUAUAUUCUUAGAAAUUUUAAUUGAUGCAUAUUCAGAAAAAUAUUUUUUAACUGGGAAUUUAAUGUUCUUGGAAUUUGCACUAUUUUCGUUUUGCAUAUGCUUUGCCUAUGCACACGACAGGAAAGUUUGUGUAACAGAAUAGGCGUAUUUUUUAAGACAUUUGAAACUAAGCAGAUUUUUCCAGCAAUGUGAGUCAUAUCAGGAUUGAUUAUACAAGUAAAAUGAACGAUAUACAAUUGAAAGAAGUUUUCUCUUUUUAAUGUGGCAGAGCAUUGAUCAAAUUGGUAAUAGAGCUGAUCGUAUGCGAAUUCAUGCUCCUGGACUGUAUUUGUAUUCAAGCACUGACAUUGAGGUAUCACUAGUCUUUGGCUUUUAAAUGCCACUGCCUACUUUUUUCUUAUAGUACUAUCUGGUGACCACUUACUGUUCUCUGAUGCAUCAUAUUAAGGUCUAUGGCCUAUUGCUGCCCAUUUAAUGCAACGGCUGAUUCAGUGAAUUACGUGCAGGACACAGAUGGGUGCUGCAGGAUAUAAGUGCCAAAUAUUCUUGACAUUGCCAGUGUUGAUUUUAUUUGUGGUUUUAUUUUUAUCCGGCACUAAACGUUCAUUAUGUACUGUAACAGUUUAAAUGGCCGAUUCUCUUUUCAGCGUGAAAAUAAUUUGAUAGGUUCUUCAAUGAAUAUUUACAUUCAUCAUCUUAAGUAAUGGCCAUGUAUGAAAAUAAGAGUACUCGGAUUUUAAAAUAUGGAUGGUAUUUUUGUGUGAGAUGAACAUUGCUCGUUCUUUUCUAUAAAACAGAUGUAUAUAUAAAUGUAUAUAGAUGUAUUAAUCUGCUACCGAGACAACAUAUCCAGUGGUGUCAAUGGGAUAAUCAGAUUAACCAAAACGGGCAGGGCCUUAUUUAGUUUUUCUUUUAUUUUCUUAGGAUAAGAUCUUCAUCAACCCUUUAAUUGGGGAAAUAUAUACCAACUAGUGAUAUGUAGAACGAAUAUAUCAGUCCAUAUUGGAUUAAUUUUGAUAUUUUGGAAUUUCUGGCUUGAUAUUUUAUGCAGUUCAUAUCAAAGUAAACAUGGCUGAUUAUCAGCAGACUGAAGUCGGUGUGGAAAAGUGUUGCCCCCUCUUGCUGGCGGAAUUUUCUUCGGUUCCCAUGUGGAUCACCGAGAGGGAACGGAAUGAAGGUUCCUCAACCACAUCACUCCAGAUAAUACUAAAAUUGUUUGAGAACAUUAGGCACUGGGCAGUGUUGUUAGUAACAUUGUUUGCUUAUUGUUUCAGAACAAGGAGUACAUUUACUCAUUGUUUGCAGAAUGGGUGGUUUAAGGCCAUAUUUCAUGUGAUGGCAGCAAGCAUAGGCCAAUUCGAUCAACUGAUUUAGAACAUAAUCAGUUGCCGUUGAUCUGAUUUUAAGACUUUUCCUGAUCUCCCCUGAAAUUGAAAUUAACACUCGUUUCCCAAGUAUUAUCUAAUUCGCAGUCAGUCAUGUCUUUCAGAAGUUGAAGUGUCCUGCCUUCUUGCAGCCGCAGAAGAGCGAUCUGUUAACUGAGGAAGCUCAACACAGACAGAGAAGUCAGCAGCAUAGCAACGAUAGGAAAAAAACGAGAAAACAAAAGGAAAAAAAUCAUCCCGCCUUUUUGCUUCCUCCCGGAAUAUGGGUCAUGGAUUAGGCACUUGUUCCCCAAACAUGGUCAACUUGGUUGAUCUGGAUCAGGCUCAUCCAAUUACAGAUCCCAGCCUCAUUUUUACUUGCCAUUUACACUACUUUGGUUGGUUGAGACUGGCUUUGAAGCUACAAUAUAACUGUGUUUUGCACAGUAACUUAUGUAUGAAUCCUGUUUACGUUUCCCCAGUACUUAAUUUUGUUUUCAUGCUCUUUUGAAAAAAAUCGUAGUAUGUGUGAUAUAAAUAAUCUCCGAGGCUGGCACCAUCAGUUGUUGCUCUCUGUUUCAGGACAUACUGGAAAAAAUUCGUGGAUUCUCUCCCAGGGUUCUGGUUAUUGAUUCUAUACAAACAGUCUACUUGAGGGGAGUUACUGGUAGUGCUGGAAAUAUCAUGCAGGUUUUGCUCAUACGCUCUGAGUUUUAGUUUUUCUCAUAAAGGGUGUUCUUUUUUAGAGUUAGACGAGGAAUUUAUAGACUGAAAUGAAGUUCUGCACAACCUAAUAUGGAAAAUCUCAUCGGUAUCAAUAUUCAAUCUUUGAAAAAUGAUCAAAUGAAAAUUAUUUUGCAGGUUGACGAAAAAUGAUCAACAGCAGUUGUUUUUAAUUAAAUUUGGGAAAAAAUAAAAAUAUUUAGUCUAAAAGGAAAAUCUUACCAACAUAUUGGAGACUUGUAUAACACCAGAUUUGAAUAUCUUUCAGAAUUUAACAACCUUCGUCAAAAUAGGUUGGAGCUGAUACGACUUUAGUAUAACAUAUAUACUUAAAGAUGUAUGUACAUAUGCGACUUACUUUGAAGUUUGUGGUUUAUCCGACAUAUAUGUCCAACGUGGAUGUUUGACAGCCAUAGCUUGGUGUUCUAGAUAAUAAAAGUGGAAUUGUAUAUUCCAAAUUUUUUAUUUGUAUCGUUCAGGUUUUCCCUUUAUGAAUAACGUGUUUUGGAAAUCAAUGGCAUUGAUAUGACUUUAUUAUUCACAAUGAUGUAUUCUUGAUGAAUUUUGAAAGUGGUGGAAAGGUGAAGGAAGAUCUUGAAAAUAUAGCCCAUUGAUCUGGAGUUGGGUGCUGCAUGCCAUAUUAUGAUAUAUUUAUAAGGUUGGUUUUUACUCAUAUUAUGAUAACCUUGCAAACUACUGAACUUAGGGAAAAAAUCCGUCAUGUUAGUUGAAAAUAAUCCCCCAGAAAUUACUACUGAUUUAAUGCGACUUAUUUUCAAGGUAUCAGCUGGGCAGUGAGGCAGUCUAGAUGCCCAAGGCAUCUAGGGUACCUAGUUGAGCGGCCCAAUAAUGCGUUUGCUUGGGCUGUGGCACCUGGGCAUGGUUUCUAGAAAUUCUGAAAACCUCAAACUGAUCCACUGCUUUACAUGUCGCAUCAAAUGUAAAUGGGUGUUGUUUGCCCAUCGUGUGGCACACAACCUAUGCUGUGCAACUUGUACGGGUAAAUGCCCGAGGAGUAAUUUGACCCAACGAAUGCAUGUAUUGUAUACGUUAGGGAAAAAUUUCAACAAUAGGAAGUACAUGUUUGCAAAAGGUGCACGUGUUUAUAUCACAAUAGGAAAUCUCACGUUUGUCAAUGUAAGAUGUAGUCUACUUUUCAGGUAUUGUUGUGUCAAAUGUAAUCUAGUGUGAGUAUAAUAUCUGUCCAGAACUUCUGGAGUAGAUUAUGUUUGAAAAAUAACUCUAGAAAAGUCUCUGGAAAAUCAAUCUCCUUUAUCUCGGUUACUCCAAUUUUUUUUAAAGAAUAAUUCAUAUUUUUUAAUGGAAAAUCUGACUUUUUUUUGGUUAAUGAUGAACUGAUUAUCUUCAAUCUAUUGGCUAACUGUCUGUAAUGUUUCUUCCAUUUGUGCUUUACAGGUGAAGGAGUGUACCUCAGCAUUGCUACGUUUUGCAAAACAAACAAGUAUACCUGUUCUUUUGGUAUGCUGUCAUCAUGGCCCAUUUUAAUGCAUUUUAGGUUUUUCAACGUGAUCGGACUUCGAAAAUCUUGUGUAUGUCAUAUUAGAUAUUCAACCCUUUUACUUACGUAAUAUUAAUGUCUGAAUGUAAUUAGCUUCAACGCAGCACCCGAGCCUUUUGUAGAAAUCACACUUUCUUGCCUUGGUGGUUUUAUAUGUUAUCCCAGAUGUUGUCCUGUGCUCAGAUUAUAGUUUUUUGAGGUCUAUGUUUGAGUCUUAUAUAUCUUUUCGUUUUCUUUAGAUUGGGCAUGUGACAAAAACUGGCGACAUAGCAGGACCUCGUAUAUUGGAGCACAUUGUGGAUGUUGUUUUAUACUUGGAGGUCAGAACUGGUGCUUCACAUUUUUUGAUAUGAUCGCAUUAUUGCUAGAAUUUUUACCUAUUUUGAGAUUUAAAACAUGAUCCUCUUACAAUGGGCUGACAAUUUACAUAACAUAAGGUAUUCACUUAGGGAUAUCUCAGUAUAUUAAUCUUCCUUGGGUUAUACAUUGUGUGAAUACAGUUUUUAAUACGUUGUGCGAAUGCUUCAACUCUACCAGAUUGAGGCAUCGUAUUCUUUACUUGAUUUAUCAGUUACAUGGACUGAAAAUGUCUAUGAUUUCAUUAGGCUUUAAAAACAGCUACGUUGUCAUGGAAUAUAUAUUAUGCUUCAAACUGAAGUCGAAUUCCAAUUUAUUUUUUUUGAUAUGAUGAUUUAGCACUUUAGGCUAUGUAUCACGAGUAUUUUUUUUUUCAUUCCAAACUGUAGUUGCUUAAAAUUUCCUGACCCGUUAUUGAUUUCUAACAUCAGCUUUAAUGGUUUGCGAAUGUUGUAGGGAGAGAGGUGUUCAUCUUAUCGGUUGCUGCGAUCUGUGAAGAAUCGUUUCGGAUCAACAGAUGAGGUUUAUUUAUCACCGGAAGCUUUUUAAUUUCCUAAGCUUGUUUUGCCUAUGCUUUACUGUGUCACUGCAUUUAUGAAGGGGUUCGAUGCUCGGUUGUGAUUUUGAAAGCUGUCGGACUUCCUUUAUUCAUUAUAGGUUGCAUUAUCAGCAAUAAAGAAACCUUGAUACAUGUCCUCCAACUAGAGCCUCUAAACUAAUGAAAAAGGAAAAUUUUCUUGCGUUCAAGCCUGAAAUCUUAGUUUUCUCUCCUCCGUUUUUAUGUGAUGCAUAAUGUCUGCAUCAAUUUUGGAUGAUAAUCCUUCUAAGCAUGAUGUUGUAUGGCUUCUUUGUACAUUCUGGGUAUAGAAAUAGAUGUUGAAGGCAAACCAAACUAGUAGUAAGACCGGCCAAGAUUUUUUGAAGGAGAUUAAAUAAUAGAUGGAAUGAUAAGUAGAAACUGAGGACCUUUCCAGAUAGCAGAAGGCAAUUUUGGACUAGUGGAGGUUAACAAAGAUCGACCUAAAUGAGAUAGAAUGAUGGAGGUAUGAGCUGGAGCAUGUGAAUACGAUUACUAAUGAUGCACAUACAGAGGAAUCGUAAAACUCUUGCAAGAGUUGGUUAAAGGUUCAUCAAAAGGUAGCUACUUAAUAAUAUAAAGGUCAAUAGCAAUAUCUCUACAUUCGGGGCGAAACAAGGUGUGAUCUCAAAGAUAACAUUGCCACUUAAACAUUGUCUCAAAGCUGUAGGGUCAAAAGAGUGGUCCUUUUUUAUGUUGUUAGGUAUCCAAGUAAAAUACACUUGGCAAAACAAUGGGAAAGUUUAUCCUCCCCCAUUCCUAGCACACGAAUGAAAAAAAACACAACCAAAGGCUUAGUGGUGAAGGAAACAUGGAUGAAUAAAUAUGGAAAAAUUUCAUUUGAGACCAUGAAAAUUGAACGAAUAAUGAGAUAACUAAAGGUGAGAACGACAUCAUCCCAUAAAUGUUUAGGAACUUCCAUCUGUAACAUUAUUGUAUGAGUAUGUGCGCAUGAUGUACGAUGAAUGAUUCUUUGAGAAGCACAAUAAGUUGCGAAUUCUUUGUAUUGACCAUGCAUUAUAAUGCAUGGUCAAUACAAAAAACUCAAGUGUUGCCAUUUCUUUGUGAAAUAUUCCAGAAUGUGAAGAACUUACAUCUUCUCUCUUACAAAUCAAGUUAUCAUACUUGUGAAGUCAUCUGGUUACUCUGGUAGUCUAACAAUGUCCUCGUACAUCGUAAUAGACUAAUGUAAAAAGAGUAGAUCUCUCUUUGAGAGUUCUAGAGGUAAAAAAAGACCAGUAGUAGCCUGACUCAAAAGCCUAGCAUUAAAAAGAUGUUGAGACACGGAAAUGGAUUGCUUUGAUUCUUAGACUGAGAUCACUUAGUCGACUUUGCUAGUGAAGAGAGAUUGAAGAAUAAGGUAUAGCUUUAAUAAAAGCACGGGUGUGCUAAGCAUCUAGUAUUGUUUAUACUACCUCUAAAUUUUGCUUGUUGAUUACGUGUAGAGAGUCUCUCUUUGGGGAACCUCCAUAUCAAUAUUCUCACCUCCAGUUGAUGUGGUUUCCACUUAUGGUACAAACACAUUCAUUUGUGAUGAUGCAUAAUGCUGUCUUAAGUAAUCUUCUUCUUUUCUCCCAUUUUUAACUCUACAUGUUCCUCUCUAACAAUGGUAAUGACCAAUCACGUAGACAGCCUUGUAGAUCUCCUAGUUGACAGAUCUCUUUUUCGCCUCCAUAAAAUUCUUUAUUAACCUUGGAUACCACCCUACUUGCUCUUCCCAUGCAUGAAAGACCUUGAAAAUAGCGAUGGUGAAGGGAUAUUCAGAUUUUUCAUUAAAAGUUGGCGUCUCAGAUCGUCUGUCCAGGCAAAUAAAUCUAGUGGUGUUCCUUUCAAGUGCUUUACCACUUUAGUUCGGAUCCUGAAUCUCUGUAAAUAGAAAAUUGGAAGAUGGACAGUACAUCCAUGCCUGAUGUAAGCUUCCAUUUCAGGAGUAAUCAUUAUUGCAGCUUAUGACUCUUCUUUCAACUUCAACACAAUCUUUCUCUAAUCUUUUCAAUGUAAGGCUUGUGUAGUGAUCAGUAUCCCUAGGUAAGAGAUCGAAUAUUCCAUGUUAUUGCCCAGCACCAUAGUUUACCUUAAUUAUUGAUUUGUCUCUACCUUCAGGGAUGCUGUCAAGCUCUUCUCACAGUUUAAUGUGAUGUGGAAUGCUUUCUUUUAAAAAUCCAUUCAUCCAUACAGUGACAUGCAACUCCACGGACAGGAACAUAAUAGCUUAAUUUUUCUAUCAGUUUGUACAUACUCUAGGUCUCGUGGAUAUGACUAAAAGCUUCCACCAAUUCAAUGUCCUGUUCUGUCUGAGGUCUGUCCCACUGUGAAUGUACUCCAAGAUAGCCGAAAAGUGUGGAAUGGGUAACUGUAAUAUGUGUUUGAUUUUUAUUAUGUCUGUUUGAGAGAAGUUUCUUCUGUACUGGUUUAGAUUUCAUAAGCUGAGCUUCGUAGGUCAAAAAUGAUCUACAUGUGAAACGUGUCUGGGGAUUAAGCCAUGUAUUAUGAAUUUGCAAUGUUGGUAGGUAGUUGCCGCUUAUCAUUUACUUAACAAAUCAAAGUUUACAUAUCUACUUUUUUUUAAAAAUUAAUACCACCUUAUGAUCUCCGUUCAGAGAUAUUGAAUGUUGCUUCGUGUGGAUGUUCAUGGUCAUCUUGCUCAGUGAAAGGAUUUUUCAUUGUAUACGACCGAUUCACGCCUUAAACCCUUCUUGAAGCUGUUCUCGCUUUCAUUUUAAUAUGGCAUGCUUGCUGAUUCAUAGUAAUGACUCAUUGAAUCAUCCUUUUUUACUUUAGCUUGGUGUAUUUGAAAUGUCGGAAUCUGGCCUACAAGCUGUCUUAAAUCCAAGUGAGCUGUUUCUCAGCGAGAAUCACCCUGGUUCGGAAGUUCUAGCCGGACUUGCAGUUUCUGUCAUAGUAGAUGGGUCUAGAACUUUUCUUCUAGAGAUUCAGGUAUUUCCUUCGUUUGUCCCACUUCCAUGAAGUUUUACUUAUGAAACCUACUAAAGUGCAAAUAACUUGUAUUUUUUAAAACCACACGACACUGGUAUUGUUUUUGAAGAGCUUGUGGUGUUGAAUUUUAUCCGUUAAUUCUUUGGUAGCAAUAAUUUUGGUUGCGAGAUUUGACUUGUUAAUUAUUGUUUCACCAGGGCAUCUGGUGAUUAUAAGCCAAAGGAAUCGAAUUUUAUGAAAUUACUUUUAUACUUAGCGUUACGUUUUCUCUUAGUAAUACAUGCAUACAGCCUACCUCUGAUUUCUAAAAAUAGAAACUUCAUUAAGAGAAAAUCCUCAUUAGUUGUUUCACUUGAUAAGAGAUAUUUGAUAAAGGAAUCUCUCUCUCUCUCUCUCUCUCUCUCUCUCUCUCUCACACACACACACACACACACACACACAGUGGGUGUCAGAGGCAUUGUUGUAGAUGGCCUUUUACGGUAUUAUGUUGUGUCAUUUACUAUUUUAUACUCUGAGUGGUUCCAUUUUGAUAAAAAAAUUCGUGUGAUUUUUGGAUUUCUUGUAUUAAUUAUUUAUUUCACAAAUCACAAGGCGAGUAAAACAUAUAUUUUUUUUACAUUUUAUGUACAAAAUAUUUAAUCCCCCACAAAAAAUGAGGAUGGCACAUUAAACAUGUGAUGUGAAACUUUAAUUUUCUAAAAUCACAGGUAUUUAACAUGAAACAUUGAGUUUUGCUUUGAAAUGAGCAUAAAAGAGAUAUUUAGUUAUUUGUUUCGGGUGACUCUUGAGUCAAUCCAUCACAUUUCUGUCUCAAGUAUUCCGGUUUGCCAAGUCUCGUCAGACCCUUGGAGGUCUUUGCCCCGCGUAGGCGAUGAUAUUGAACAAGUCUUUAUAACUUAUUUCUAAUUGCCCUUGCUUAAAAGUAGAUUUGUGUUUAUGUGUGCUAGUUCUUCAGUUGGUCAUUUUCCGUUAUGGUAGUAACUGAAUGAUGCCUUGAUGUGAGUGUGGGCACCCGAAAUUUCCAACCAAUGAUAGCAAGGAGCUAGUUUUCUACAUCUCCCUUAGAAGACAUUCUCUUAGCCUUGUAUUUUCCUAAAUAUUUCAUGAAAAAAUUUGUAACUCCUCUUAUGAAUUGUCAACGCCACUUGAAUUUUACCUUCAUUUCAUCAAUUUUCCUACCAGUUCUCUUUUGCUCCAUGAAAUUGUGUGACGCAUUCAGUAAUUCUCUGCAGGCUCUCUGUGCAUCUGGAUCAACAGUUGUGAGACAUAUCAAUGGGAUCUCAGCUAACAGAGCUGACAUGAUUAUUUCUGUGAGCAUUUGUUUCCUCUCAGACCUUUUGGGAGAUUUAGUCAACGAAAUGACCUUUCUUUCCUUAAUUUACAACAACUAUGCAUUGGGGUUUCAAAUGAUUAUUUGCUCAAAGCAGAGAAAGGGUGUACCCCAUGGUAUCAUGACCAUCGUCAUCUUCAUCAUCAUUUUAGUAGCAGUGUUAAACCCUGAAGUUGAGACCUUAAAACAUAGGAUAUUCUAAAUUUUACAUGUUGAGAUUGGCACAGGCUGGUUUCUUGUUUGCGUUCUUCUAGUUGUUCCUGACAGAAUAUUCUUAUGGAUAAUUAAAUCCCUAUGAAGUUGCAUUUCUAAUCGACGGAAUGCAACAUUGAUUUCUGACAAGUCCUUUUUAAUCGUAUAUUGUGCUCAAUACUUAGUUUUGUAAAAAAUAAAAAAAAUGGCUACUGUUGCUAGCAGCAUAAGUAUCAUGAUAAUUCCGAAAAUCAGUUUAAUGAUACAAUUUUGUAUCGUUUGCUAUUUGUAAGGGAUCGGAUAAUUUGCCACUGAACAUAGCAUUAUGGAUCUUCUAAAGCCGUUCCUCUGAUUCGGAAACCCUCCCCAUUCGAUAAUUGACUCUUGGAAUGGUUCAAUUUCCUAGGUUCUAAUGAGGCAGGCAGGUCUGAAACUCGAGAACACUGUAAGUUUUUUUUUCCUCCACAAUUCUUUCAUUUUCAGCGUGUUGUAAUAUUACUGAUUCUUGUUGUGUGAGGCCUUUUAUUUAUUUAUUUAUUUAUUUAGAAAAUAGAGUUUAGUCUUAUAUCUUAAACUAUCUACAUUGCAUAUAUGUCGAAGGGUUUUCUUCCUGGCAUUCAGUGCUCAGUUCCUGAUCUCUAGAACUGUGCACAGAUGGAGGUGCAGACAUUGUCUAGCACUUCAAACUCGAAGGUACCUGCAGAUAUCUUGACAAUCUGCUUCGCUGAUAGUUUUCUUUUUCUGAAAAGAAGAACAUCACGUUUUUAUGCUUCUGAUGUCAAUUUUUACUAGUCUUUAAAAGGAAAAAAUGUCUGCAUUUUUAAAAGCUUGGUGUAUUGGAAUUACUUCCAUCUGAAUUAUCGAAUUCAUGCGCUCUCUAUACGCAUCACUUAAUAUGCCACCAAAUCCAAAACGUUGUUCACCAUCUGAUAGCUGACUGCUGGCGAGCCUCCUUGAAAGCUAGAACUGUGACCAGCAGGUGUGUUACCUUAUGCAAUCACAUCCUGGAGCAAACAUACCAUUAUGACACGUCUGGUUCUUAUGACUGUUACUUGGUGGCUGAAACUUCUCCAUUUGUUUUGAAAUACUUUGCUCGAUUGGUGCAUCCUUUUAUUAUUAUUAUUAUUAUUAUUAUUAUUAUUAUUUCAUCGGGGGAGCAUCGAACUCUAAUCAUUGUUCUCGUCUCCAGUCGAUUUUUAUAAAUGUUGUCAGCGGAUUUAAGUUGACGGACACUGCAGGAGAUCUUGCAUUGGCAGCAGCAAUUUGCAGCAGGUACUUUGCAUAUAGUUUUCUUUCUCUUUAUAAUAUUUGUAAAUAUUUUCCUGCUUCCCUUACUUUACUGAAUCAUCAUCGAACGCCCUCGAUGGUGGUCCUAUUCUCAUUGAACUGGUAUAAUCCUAACCGUUAGUUCUACUACUGCUCGCUGAGCUGCUCCUCUGGAAGUCAACGAUUUCGGGAGUAAAUCGAUGCUCUUCAUCUAUAGUUUGACUAAUAGAUUUCAUGGGGAAUCUAUCCCGAGUAGACCAAUUGGUCAAGGCCUCAACUAAGGUCAACUAAACAGGCAGACAAAUACAGCCCUAGCCGUAGUCUUAAGACCCAGUUGACCAAUGGUGGCAUUAGCCAUUCUGGGCAAAUAUCUGAUGAAUGAAGGUCCUUGCCUAGAUCGGAUGGUAAUAUAAUAGAAACCCUCCUCCAUGACCUGGGCUACAUCUUUUUGUAGGCUUUUUAAGUGGAUCUCCAGCUGAAACUGAUGUAGAUGUAGGCAUGCUCAUCGGUAAGUAAGAUUCUGUGGAUGGCCUAGGGAGUGUUUACUCACUCACCAAAGUCAACACCCUGCAGUGAGCUGGGCUAACUUGUUCUUCCAAUUUGACCUUUGAGUAAGAUCGAAACAGUGGGUCAACAUGCCACGUAGCACCACCCACCCACCCCUUUCCCAGAAGGGAAGGGCGCAGUAGAUGAGAACAAAAAACGCAUCUAGGCUCUUUGUUUUGAGCCCUUACCCUCUCAAGCUCAAUGUGGACACUACGUUUCUGAUAAACUUCCAACCCCUUCCUUUUGGUCCAGCUUCUUGGAGUUCCCCCUCCCCAAUGACGUCGCAUUUAUCGGGGAGGUCGGCCUCGGUGGCGAGCUCCGCACAGUAAGUAUACACUCUCUCUCUCUCUCUCUCUCUCUCUCUCUUGCUACAGACACCAUGGUUGACCUCCGUUGUUCUUGGAAAGGUACCGAGAAUGGACAAGAGGGUGACGGCCGUCGCCAAAUUAGGGUACAAAAAAUGUGUGGUCCCCACUUCGGCGGAGAAGUCACUCUCGGGCCUCCACCUAGACAUCGAUAUCCUGGCGUGCGGUAACCUUACGGCAGUCAUCAACAGGCUCUUCAGAGCACCAGACCCCUGA